CUCCUCCCAUUCUGCACAUUCCCUACAUGACGACUCCCGUGUUUAACAGCAGCGACGACGACCUUUCCUCCGGCUCCGAAAUAGAAGAUCUUUUGUGUGGCACCAACGGCGGGGAGCGGUACGGAAAGCGACUUUCCGGCUUGCUGGCGGCGCCCGUCGGACUAGACGAAGACACGGCACCCCGUCCGCUCUCCAACUUCGGCCGUACGCGCGACCGCUGGUCGUUUGGUGACUCGAGCCGCCCAGUUAUGGGGGACGCGUCGCAGCGGAUGCGCCAUGAGCGGCGAUUGUCGGACGCCACGAGUGACGCGGUGCACCGCGCGAUCGAUGCGGACCACAUUUCGCCGGCACAGUUGUACUCCACCGACAGCGGGCGCUUGUUCCACGCGGGGACAAUGGUGAUCAUCUUGGUGGGUUUGCCUGCGCGUGGUAAGACGCAUUUGACGGUGUCCUUAACCCGCUACCUCCGUUGGUUGGGCGUCAAGACCCACGCGUUCCACGUGGGCGACUACCGCCGUGCGAAGGACGGAAUUCCGAAGGACUACUUUAAGCCAACACCCGACACGCCGGAGGGUAAGGAGUAUCGUGCGAACAUCAUCUCUAAGUGCAUCAGCGACGUGAUGCACUUUUUUGACGACGACAAGGGCCAGGUGGCGAUUUACGACGCUGUCAAUGCGUUGCCCGAGGAACGCGCGGAUGUAGACCGCCAAUUCACCAGCCGUAACAUCAAGACGUUGUUUAUCGAGAGUCUCGUGACGGACUGUAAUAUUAUCGAAAACAACAUUAGCCAGGCAGUGAAGUCGUCACCGGACUAUGUGGGCUGGGAUGCGAAGGAAGCGGCAGCGGACUACGUCAGCCGUAUCCACAUCGCUGAGCCGUUCUACCAGGAGAUCGAUCCUUCAGAGGGCUUGAGUUUCAUCAAGUCGAUCAACUUUGGCGAGCGUUUCGUAUUGAACAACAGCCACUACGGUUACUUGAUCAACCGCAUCGUGUUCUUUUUGAUGAAUUCGCGCAUCAAGUCUGGAUCUGUCUACUUUGCGCGCUGCCACAAAAAUUUCUUGAAGUUCAAGAGUGACCCUGACUUGGACGACGAGGGCCGUCAGUACGCCCAGCAGUUGACCAAGACCGUAUUGGCGCAUGUGGGUGCGACCAAGGGCCUUGACUUCAUCACCCGCAGCCAGAACAAUACGCCACCGCCCUACAGCGGCGAGGCAGGGCGCCAAAAGUCGCACGCGACCGACGGGAUCCACGACGACGCGUUUGUUAUUUGGACUUCCACACGCAGACGCACUAUCGAAGCGUGUGAGGCGUUCCGUGAGCUCGGCAUUACUACGCGCGAACGGAUCCAGCUCACACAGUUAAACCCGGGCGACGUGGAGAACAUGACCGCAAAGGAGAUCAAAGCCAAAUAUCCCGAGGAUUACAAGCAGCACAAACGUGACCCAUACCAUCACCGCUAUGCGCGCGCCGAGUCGUAUCACGAUUUGGCUGUGAAGAUCGAGCCGCUUAUCUUAGAGAUGGAGCGCAUGAGCGGCGAUUUGUUGAUCAUUGCAGACGAGUCGGUGUUAAGGGUGUUUUACGGGUACUUGAUGGCGUGCUCGUGCUACGAGAUUCCGUACUUAAAGUUUCCGACGAGUGAGUUGAUUGAGAUCAAGUUUAAUGCGUAUUCGAAUACCGCGACGAGGAUUCCGAUCCACGGGGUGGAAGAAUAAGCGAGGCCGAGCGCA